AUGAAGCGCAACGGAAACUCGAAGAGCAAUAGAAAUUACAACCCUCAAAAUACAAAGCCACCAAUACCGCUAGAUGUGGACGAGGUCGAUUCAGUUUUGGAGAAAUUUAUAAGACAGAAGUACGACCAACAAUUGUUCGUCAAUGGUAACACUCGUCCGGCCGUCAGAAAUGAUACGGGAAGCACACGGAGUUCAGAAGACCAACCCCCGCCUCUCCCACCAAAGCCGGGACGACGUUUUGGAUUUGGAUUGCGGAGCGCUUCAUCAGCUCUCCCUGCACAUAAAAAUGGCCCCACGUCUCCACCACGCUCUCCAAGAGCUGGCAAUGCAUGGGGUGAUGAACCCCUCCGCGUCAACAAGCAAUCAAGAGUCUUUGGGGCGAUGGUAGGAGGCAACAAUGACAAUUUGGACACAAAGCUGGCUCAGCUGAGAGACAUGGGAUUCACGGAUGAGAAGCGCAAUGUAGCUGUCUUGAAGGGCCUAAGCGGCAAUGUCGAACGAACUAUAGAACAGCUGGUCAGGCUGGGAGAAAGCAAUGCGCCAAAUUCGAGAGCAAGGGUCCCCUUACAAACAACUACAAUUGCUGCUAGUCAGCCUGUAUCAACGAAUACAUCUACCGUCAAUACUACGAGCGGUCAGUCGCCAACUCACAAUGGCCCCAGAACAGACAUGGACACAUCCUCUUGGGGUCAGCAAAGCGAGCCGAGUCCAACUGAGCAACCGGCCUCGAGAAAUCCGAGCACGGCAAAUCCGUAUCAGGCGCAGGCGACUUCUUACAAUCCAUUCGCACCUUCCAGCGAUCAGCAUGGUGGGAUGGCGUCCAUGAACCAGGCCAUUUCAAAUAUGCAAAUCUCGCAACAGCCCCUGUUCCCUAACGCGACUGGAGGAUAUCCCAAUCUACCGCCGCAUCCACAAGAGUCAAGGCUACAAACGAUGACGCCGCCUGUUCAACAGGCGCCGCAUCAAUUCAUGUCAUCAAAUCCGUACGCGCAGCAGAAUAGCCCGGUGUCUCAUACCCAUAAUCCAUUCUUCCAACAAGUACAGCCAUCAUCUCUUGCACCUGCGGUAGCAUAUGCCCCUUAUACUCAGCAACCGCCGUCAAUCUCUUCGAAUGACCUCUUCAUGCCGAACAACGCCAUGCCAAUUGCUCAAAUGGCAUAUCAGCCAACCCCGCCACAGAUGUACUCACCAAAUCCCCAGCAAGGUGCAUUUCAGCAACAGAUAUCGCAACAGCAGAUAUCCCAAAACAGUUUCAGCGUCCCGCCCUAUCAUUCGGCCCCUCAACAGAACAACAUACAGAGUCAGCCACAAUUUCAUCCAAGCUGGAAUCCAUACGGCCAACAGACUCUACAGCCUGGACGACUUGACAAAUCCAGCAUUUUGUCUCUUUAUAAUUCUCCACAUCUAGCACCUCAGCCUCUGGUAAGCGGUACGAAUACUCAAACAAAUUCCAAUACAAGUCAUGAACAUCUUCUUGAAAACAUUCAUCCGCCUCAACGAAGUGUUACGAUGCCGAUACAGCCAACAGCAGGCACGAACAAUCCAUUUCAGCAAUCACUUAACAAGCAACCGAGUGCAGUAGCCGACUUUCCCGCUAUUGGACGGCAUGUUAGUCAGGAGAGCGUUGACAUUGGCGCCAACCAUAAUGGACGACACAGUCCCGACGCAUUCGCAAGUUUGAGCGCAAGAUUUGUACGGUGA